UUCAUUUUGCAGAGCGACUACGGAGUACUUCGAGUCCUUCUUUUCUUUGUGCCACCCGCGUGGAGCGAUUCUGGCCUGCUUCUGGUGUUAUUUGGAGCCCCUGAUUUUUUUUUUGCGUCACCGGAAUUGCAGGACGACAUGACGACGGCGCUCAAGUAUCGGCAAGACGUUUUGAGCUAUGCCACUCUAAUGAAGAGCCUGCACGCAGACUUCCCGGAGCCACCUAUUCUUGCUGCACAACUGAUGGAACUGCGAACAGCACACGGCCAAAUGGCCCUGAAUCUUCCUCUCUACUGCACUGCGACACCACAGCGCAUUUGUAAACUUUUGGACCAACUACCAGAAUUGAACGAUCUCCUCUACUUGGUGGGAGCUGAAGUAGUUGAGGGCGUCUACGGGAAACUUUCGCUGCGCCUAUACGACGGUGCAGAAGCAGUUUGCCACUUUCGAAUCAUGGAAUUAGUUGCCAUAUAUCUACACUGUGUUCUGGCUCGACAUCGUUGUGUGGACAGUCUCCAGUUCAUGUUAUCGACGCGGGGAUACCAUGCGGUUAAUCUCCUACUCUGCCAUGCCUUGAGCCGGAAUACGUCACUGACCUGUCUUCAUCUGCAACACUGUACCUUCGAUACCAAGUGUACAGCGCAAAUCUUCGGUGCCAUCUCUCAUCUGCUCAAGAAGCAGCUAUUCGAGCUUUUGCUAGUAUCGCUGGUACUUAUCGGAAAUGUCGAUACGUACUUGCAAGAAUUCUUGAGGAGCCUGUCCACCACAGAAACUCUCAAGGUGCUCGUGGUCGUUGAUGUUACAGUCGUCAGCCCACAGGCGGAAGCGUUGUCCUUUCACUCCACGACAGACACUAUGGGUGCCUUAGCCAGAAACUCGAGCCUCUUCAGCCUCGUAAUUGACGCUACAUUUGCACCUCCGCAAUGGAAAGAUCGGCUGCCUCGGAUGCUCGCCAACCCUUUCGCACCAGUGCAGCUGACUGUGAUUUGGCAAAACGACUACAUUAGCCAUGCGUUGCGCAUGGUGCUAUCAAAUCUACGGCGAAACAACACUGUCAAGAAUGUUACCUUCAAGGGAUUUGAUAUAAGUUUAAUCGAUAUGAGAUUCGCUUCGGAGCUGCUGGCUGUCAACGCCGUAAUCCAGGAAAUCUGCUUCAUAGAGUCAACGUGGGAUUUAAUAAAGAGAGGAGAAAGAUGGCACGCCACGGCUCUGGUUGGACUCCUUGCGAGUGCGGCACAUUUGCGACGACUCGUUGUGCCGUUCAAUUUUGACUUCGCCGAGCUCUGCUCCAUUCUGGAAGCAGCUCAAGGGUGCAAAUCACUGGAGGAGCUGCACUUUCCAGUUCUUGUUGCCCGUGGCGUGGAGGUCGUUUUCGAGGCCUUGAAUUUUUCACUCCUCGUGGAAAAGCUCAGAAUAGGUUAUGCUACAGCGGCGCGUAAGGUGACAACGCCGCAGCAGACUCUCGAAUCUGUCCGGUCCACAAAGAGUGGCCGUGGCCGUUUCACUAGUCCCCCACGGCAGCAGGAGCCAGCGCUGCUUUGCCCUCCCUGA